AUGUCUGUGUUGACCAACUGGGCAUUCAGACAAUCCUCACCACAGCAACACUUGUUUCUGCCGUUCGCGAUAGACACUUGGUAUAAUGCUACACCACAUCAGCAAUCACAUCAAGUGCAUAUUGAUCUAAUGUACAAUGAUCUUAUACCAAAUCCGUUUGUCAAUGAUAAUGAACUAAACGUCAGUUGGGUUAGUGAUUUGACAUGGGAGUAUCGUUGUUUGUUCGAUAUACCUACACAACAAGAAGCGUACCUCAUAUUUGAGCAGUUGGAUACUGAGGCAGUGGUUGUGUUGAACAGUGAUGUGAUUUUACAAAGCAAGAAUGCAUUUCAGAAGCAUAAAGUUGCUGUCAAUUUGUCUCGUGAGAAUGAGUUAGUGGUGAGGUUGAAUUCCGGGGUUGAGAUGGGUAAGCGACUAGAAAGCAAAUACGGAAGCCGUGAAUGUUGGAAUGGAGAUUGCAGUCGAGUUUAUGUUAGGAAACCUCAAUUUCAAUAUGGUUGGGAUUGGGGACCAAAAUUGAUUACAUGUGGAUUUAGCAAAGCUGUACUAGUUACUGGCAAUUACGUUGAUGAUUUUUUCAUCAGGUAUGAAUUGAGUGAGGAUUUGAAUAAGGCUUAUGUUUGGUUUGAAGUUGCAAGUAUAUUGAUUACACCCGUGGGACAAGCAAAGAUUGAAGUUAGCCUAGAUGAGGAAAUUGUAGGUGUGAUUUAUAUUGAUCGGGUUGACUCAGCGAUGAAUAUUAGUUACGUUUUAGAAGAUGUGCGAUUGUGGUACCCUGUUAAGCAAGGAGAGCCCAAUCUAUACAAUGUCAGGUUGUUUUACAACGAUAAACUUGCCAUUGCCAAGUCUGUUGGAUUUAGGAAAGUUGACCUCGUAACUACGCUAGAUGUGUAUGGCAGCUCAUUCUAUUUCAAGAUCAAUAACAAGCCUAUACAAAUGGUUGGAUCAAAUUGGAUUCCGUCUCAUUCAUUUGUUUCUCAAGUUACAAAACAAGACUAUCAAGACUAUGUCGAUUUGGUCCUUGGUUCAAAUCAAAAUAUGAUUAGAGUGUGGGGAGGUGGACAAUUUGAAAACGAUGAAUUCUAUCAAUUAUGUGAUGUAAAUGGUAUAUUAGUCUGGCAAGAUUUCAUGUUUGCUUGUGGUGUGUAUCCAUUCGAACCAAUUCACCAGCUGGUUCGAAAGGAAAUUGAAUAUCAGGUUGCAAGAUUGCGCAAUUUUGCUAGUAUUGUAAUUUAUACCGGUAAUAAUGAAGAUUAUCAAAUUGCUGAUGCCUUGAAGUUGAAUGUCGGUAAUAUUACUCAAUUUCCAGCAAAAUCCAUAUAUGAAGAGCUUAUACCCCUGAUAUUAGCCAAUAUGAACACUCAAGUGGCUUAUAGAUUUGGUUCACCGUAUUCAGAUGGCAAACACAGCUCGUACGAUCUGCAAUAUGGGGAUUCACAUCAAUGGGAUGUAUGGCAUGGACGUAAAUUGCCCUACCAGUCUUGGCCCCAAUUAACGGCAAGAUUUGUUAGUGAAUUUGGUAUGUUAGCUUUGCCUUCGUAUUCACUACUUGGAAAUUACAUUACUGAUGACAAGGAAUUACGGCCCGACCUGAAUAUGAUUAAUUUUCAUACUAAGCCAUCGAACAAAGAGAAUUUGGCACAAUAUGUUUGGUCUAACUUCAACAAACCUCAGACGUAUGAUUUAAACGACUGGAUUUACUUAACGCAAUUGAUGCAACUGGAAGCUGUAAGUUUAGCAUUUAGAUACUGGAGACGGAAAUGGGAGCAUUUUCAAUGUGGUGGUGCCUUGGUGUGGCAAUUGAAUGAUUGUUGGCCAAGUGUGUCAUGGUCGGUUGUUGAUUUUGACAAGGUUCCCAAAUUGAGUUAUUAUGGAAUGAAGAGGGAGUUGAACGAAGUGAGUAUUGCCGGGUAUAGGAGUAUUGGAACAGAAGAAGGGGAUGGGUUUGCCGGUCAAACAGUCCUUCAGGAAUCUAAAUUGACGUUUGAUGUAUGGGGGUUUGGAAAUGUUAGUAAUUUGACACUAAUUAUUGAAUUCUACAACUCAAGUGGGGAUUUUGUUGAUGGAUACAAGCAAAAUGAUAUUGCUUUGGAAGAGAAUAAAGUAAAUACAAUCUUUGCAAGUGCAACUUUUGAUCAAUUGCACAGAGAAACAAUUGUAUAUCUCAGGUUGUCAAAAGACAAUGUGACAGUAGCUAGAUCGUCAGAUUGGCCACAACCUUUAAAGAGGUUGAACUGGAGUAAAUUAACUUCCAAAUUGCAAAUUACUACGCAAUAUAUAGGGUCUGGUGAGUUGCAAGUAUCAACCAAUAAGCCAGUGAAAGGGUUGCAGUUGUAUUUUGACAACGCCCGCACUUAUCGGUUUAGUGAUAAUGGUAUUGAUUUGUUUCCUGGUGAUCCACAAAUUAUACAAGUGAGUGAUUUCCAGGAUGAUGGAGCUAUGGGGGAGAUAAAGUAUCGAUAUUUGAGUUACUGA